CGGGCAGUGCACGAUUGCGCACGCGCGCAGCUUAGAGGGAACAUCGGUGGAAACCAUCUCUCACUUUAAUGUAGUCAGGCUGGUGUGCUUCAGUGAGCUUCAAGCCUCUCAAAACGUCAUCUGCUUCGUCUCUGAUACAGUAUAUCAAGCAAGCAUUUCCAACGGAAUUCCUGGCUCUGCCUGACUGUGGCCCGAUGUUGAUCCCUCAUGAAGUCCAGAGUCCACUUUAGAAAAGAUGUUCAACAAUUUUGAGAUGUAUUAAAUUUCCUCCUGAAUUCCUGGCUCUAGCCUCACUAUGGCUCGAUGUUCUACAAAGCUUCAGCUGUACUUCAUGGGUUUAAGAUAUGCAGUUAUUUCCUCUCAUUUUCCACAAAUUUUACCAAAGUCACGUGCACCUGUUUUAAACUCUUACUCCACUGACAUUAAGGUGCGACCCUACUUCCAGUACAUUAAACACAAGAUUAUAUCCCCUCCCAGUCCACCAUACAACCAUGUAUGUCAGAUAGGGGACCCGGUGUUACGAUCAAAAGCUGUAACAAUUGACCCUGCAGCUAUUAAAGGACCUGAGGUCCAGAAAGUAAUAAAUACAAUGGUCAAAGUUAUGCGUAAAGUUGAGUGUGUUGGAAUUAGCGCUCCUCAGAUCGGUGUGCCACUUAGAAUCCUUGCCUUGGAGUACUCUCAGAAGUUGUUGGAUGACAGUUCCCCAGUGUCAAGAAAAGUUCGUGGACUCUCUGUCCAGCCAUUGAGAAUCUUUGUCAACCCCCAAAUGAGGGUACUGGAUUGGCAUAUAGUGCUCUUUCAAGAAGCCUGUGAGAGCAUUUGUGGCUUUUCUGCCACUGUUCCACGUUAUCUGUCUGUGGAAGUAUCAGGUCUGAAUGAGAAAGGAGAAGAUACAACUUGGCAGGUCAGCGGUUGGCCUGCUCGAAUCCUCCAGCAUGAAAUGGACCACUUGGAUGGAGUGCUUUACAUUGAUCACAUGGAUAGCAAAACCUUCAUCAAUGUCAACUGGCAGACAUACAAUCAAUAGAAGAGACUUGAUCGAGCCACCAAGUGUUUGAGGGUUAUUCCGUGCCAAAGCUUAUUUUGAUUUUAAUGCAACUUGGUGUAAUUGUUGAUAGUCAUGGUUCAACACCGAAUCUCAAAAUUAAGGCGGUUAGAGCAAGGGUUGGGGGGGUUACGACCUGCCGAAUUUGGAUAUUUCUGGCCAAAAGGUGUGUGGUACCCAACCUUUAAACCUGUAUUACUUGAGGAAGUACUGGGAAAACUGUCACGAAACAGGUAUCAUUAGAAAGGGAAUUCAAAAAAAGAUUCAAAAUGUGUGUUUUUCUGCAAUUGUUGCGUAUUUUAGUAACUUGACCUUUUCAUCAAUAAUUUGACCUUGAAAAGACCUUGUGGAUCAUGUGAACUUGACGAAUCUUUUCAUGAAAUUUAUUAUCUUACUUGUUCUCUAAAAUGUGAAGUUUCACCAUUUAGCAACAAUAAGCAAUCAAAAGUAUCCAUCCCUCAUCCCUCAAUAUAUUUUAGGUAUUUUGUACACGUAAAUACUUGUAAUAUGAUCAUCAAUCCACAUCUUUGUUUCAUUUUACGUCUGCUUUGAUUGAGAGGAAAGUGUAUGAAAUGUAGAAUUGCUCCUCCCAUCUGUGGUCUCUUCUUAAGGUUUCUCAUUACCCCUAGUAGGAGUUUUGAGUUUUCCCUUGCCCUCCUGGGAGUUUAAGAUCAGGGGAUCUUUGAGAAUAUUUGUCAAUUUUUGCACAUCCUGAGUGUUGUUAGUCACCUAAAUGUUGAACAGAGGCUGAGAUGUACCGAAGUCAAAUUCCUUGUUUGGCAUGCUCAAACAUGGCCAAUGUUAAUUCUCAGGUCUCAACUGCUAAUCAUGUUAACAGGAUUAGGCUUUUGACUUCUUGACUCAUCUCCUACCACCGAAGGACUGUUGGAAUAGACUCUAGCCCGCCCACGAGAAUAAGCGGUUCGGAAGAUGAAUGAAUAAAUGAAUUUACUGUUUUUACUGUCUUUGUAGUGUUUUGUUGCUUCUGCAGCAGUUUGGAAGAUUAAAGAAUGAUUAAAUGUA